AUGGACAAAGCUGCAAGUAUUAUCAACUCUGUUUCCCAAGUCCAGCCAACGCUAAUUGAAAAAAUCAGAGAAUCGACUCAAAACCAACGCCAAGCCUUCAUUUUUGGCACUGCCGGAUUAGUAACAAUUGUGGCUACUGCUGCAUCUGUAUUCACAUUAGCAAAAGCGAAUCAUAAACGAAUUACAGAGCUCGAGGAUCUACUCUUUCGGCAGCAGUUGGAAGUAAGAGCCAAGAGUGACGAGGUAAGAGUCCAGAGUCAAGAGGAGCGUCAGAAAAGAUAUCAAGACCUCCAAUUUGAGGCCAUGAAACACAUAUUCGUUACAGUUCCACCAAAUGCAGCAACUGCUAAUUGGUAUAAUGAAACGCUUAUGACCCUUCACCAAGUAAUGCUUGAACUACCUGCAGCGAGUUUUACAGGUACAUUAGGACAGGACCCAGAGAAUCCAGUACCAGAUCCACGGGUUGAAAACACUAAUAGGUAUAUCAGAUAUUUGAACAGAUUGGAUAAAAUUUGGCCAGGCUUAGUGGCACUCUUUAUUUUUUGGGUGGUUGUGUGUGAAAUUAUCUCAGCGCUUAUCGGAUGA